AUGGAGAGUAAUACAAAACUCGUAACAGGAAAAUUUACUAGAGAUUUUUCUAACGCAGAUUCUUGCAAAAAAUGGGAAGAGCUCAAAAAUAUAUUAAAUGCAGUGGGUUCUGGUCCAAAUGACCGCGGAGUUAAGGAGUGGAAAAAAACUUGGCUCGAGUUGAAAGCCUAUGCUAAAGAGAAAAAGGCUUCCACUCAAAGAUACAACAAGGGCACUGGAGGUGGACCAAAAGGCAAAUCGUUAACGGAAAUGGAAGAACGGAUUAUUUCUUUAAUUGGUGAUGUUGUAUGUACUGGUAUACCUGGUAUACGAGAAAUGGGCGGUGAAUGUUCUUCAGUCACCAUUGCAGAAGAAGAACAACAAAUAAAUGAAACCACUGUAGACGAUUUACAAGAAGGGACCAACACAAAAACAAAGAACAAGCGCAAAAAUGAAGUCGACGAUAAUGGUGUAAAUGAGUUGAUAAUUGCUGAGAAAAGGAAAGCGGCUGCUUUAGAAAGAAUAGCAAUAUCAUUCGAGAAAUUAGCCAAUUAUUUUACUUCAAAAUAA